AUGUCGGAAACCAAAAAAAUAAUCAAAUUUACCAAACCCGUUCCCACGCUUCCAAACGAAACUCUGCAAGAUAUAUUUCAGUAUCUCGGCAGAUACACAUUACAACAGACAUUAUUAGUAAAUAAACGUUGGUGUGCAAACACAAUCUUUACAUUCUGGAAACAACCAUUUCAUUAUUCUCACGAUUUCCGAAUAAUCAAAACUUAUUUAUCUUUUUUGGAAGAUGGAGACGACGCUGAAAAACAAAAACUUUUGGAUGCCGGUAUUGAAAUCCCGUCAAAGGUUGAAAAUCGAAUCUUUGAAAUCCCAUCGGUGUUGGUGCAUUUGAAAUAUUGUGGAGUGAUUGUGGCUGUGAAAAAUCUUAUUGCUAAUCGGGGAAAUGCUAAAGUUGAAAUAAAUGACACCACCAAUUUAAUGAAUUUGAUUAUUGAGACGUUACUGAGAUUGUUUGUUCGUAAAGAAGUGAAACUUGUCUCGUUAAACUUGACAUGUGAGAAAAAAUUUGAUCCUUUUCUACGUUUUGUUGAUCCAGAGUAUCUCGAAUUAACAAAGAACUUGAAAGAAUUAUAUAUCGAUAGUAAAUGCCCGAGAGGGUUAUUAUUCCAAUGGGCUGCAGGAAAUUGCCGAAAACUGCAUUCGCUUGAAAUUGAUCUCGUGCGCUGGCGAAGAGCUAAACAAUCUAAUAGAAAAGAUUUGACGGACGACGAAAACCUGGCAAGGUUAAUUUGUGCGCAAAACGAAUUACAAUACUUUAAGCUUUCGCAUUAUGCUCAUCGAAAAGAUCUGAAAACACAAUUAAUUGUGGAUGCAUUGGCCACACAGGCGAACACUCUCCAACAUGUCAUCUUUAAUGUGGUCAGCUUUGCUCGAUGUAGACCUUUGGAAGGGCUAGCAAAAUGUAUCAAUCUAAAUUCUAUAGAAUUUCAUUCCGUAUAUAAAUUGCAAGAGUUUGAAAUUGUUCAACCUUUAAUAUCAGCAAAAUUCAAUAAUUUAAAGAAAGUCAUAAUCGUGGAACCCGCACAAGUGUGUGAAGAAUUAAGAAAAUGGGCAGACACAAUAAACAAUAUGAAAAAGUAA